AAACAGUCAUCGGGGGCGUGCUUAUCGUGAGCUCGGGAUUAGGGUAGGCACUUUGCUCUGAGAAAGUGCUGUGCCGUCCGAGCUGUUGUUUUCUUUGCUUCUCAUCCAUGUUUCAGCCGUGAUCGCUGCCUUUUCAAUUGCCCUCUCCAAAGCACACUGGGCGUGUCCGAGUAGGUAUACGCUCACCAUGGCAUCCGCCGCCCUGCAUGGCUUCUUCGACAUCCAACAGUCCUCUUCCACACCCUCCGGUUCUACACCCCUUGUAACCAGUCCCCCAGCCACUCACCAAAAGACCACAUCAACUGUGAAAGGAGCGCCCUUCAGCAUCGAGCUCGACGACCUGGCCUUUGGCCAGCGCUACAAUGGACCUUCUUCACCGACCACAGCACCGCAAACUCCCAAGGAGUUUCCUGGCUCACAGACCCCGAAGACACCUAAUGAGCUGGAGCAUGACGGUGCUGAGGGGAGUGGUGCGGUGCCGCUGAUGCAGACGUGGAGGGAGCCGAGCAUGAACAAAUGGCGGAUUUUGUGCUGUUGUUUGAUUUAUUUUGGGAAUGGGAUUAAUGACUCUGUCGUCGGGGCACUGAUUCCCUAUAUGGAGGAAUACUACCACAUUGGAUACGCCAUCAUGUCCAUGGUGUUCGUCGGGAAUGCAGCCGGCUUCAUCAGCGCGGCAUUCUUCUGCAACACGACUCUGGGCAAGCUGGGUCGUGCGAAGACACUCAUCCUCUCUGAAGUCAUCCUGCUUGCUGCGUAUGUGAUACUCGUUGCCACGCCCCCAUAUGCCGCGGUUGUAGUAUCCUUCUUCCUCCUGGGCUACGGCGCGGCCACCUCUCUCGCACUAAACAACGUCUUCUGUGCGAACUUGCACCCGCCCAGCGCUAUCCUCGGUGCUGCUCAUGGUAGCUACGGCCUCGGUGGCAUCGUGGCCCCGAUCAUUGGAACGGCACUGGCUUCGAGGGGCAUCCUAUGGUCGCGAUUCUAUUUCCUUUGUGUCGGGCUUCGGCUGUGCUGCAUGCUCUUCGCUGGCUGGGCCUUCUGGUCGUACAAGGAAGACCAGCCGCAGACUCUUCUCUCCUCCCUCCAGCGCACCGCCACCCAGCAAGCUGCGUCUGAGUCCCAGGAAUCUAAAUCCAAGAACCUCAAGCUCGCGCUCAAGAACCGCGUUACUAUCUUCGGUGCGCUGUUCGUCUUCGCGUAUCAAGGAGCUGAAGUCAGCAUCUCAGGAUGGGUCAUUUCGUUCCUGAUCAACUACCGCGAUGGUGAUCCAGCGCGGGUCGGUUACGUUACCUCGGGAUUCUGGGGUGGCAUUACGCUGGGACGUUUCGUCCUCACACACCUCGCACCGCGGAUUGGAGAGAAAGCCUUCGUUACUGGCCUUACAAUCGGGACAUUGUGUCUCCAGCUGCUCGUGUGGUUGGUGCCCAAUGUCAUUGGCGAUGCUGUAGCCGUUUCGCUGCUGGGACUCUUACUUGGGCCGGUGUAUCCCUGUGCACAGACGAUCUUUAGUCGGCUGAUGCCACGGCAUGUGCAGACAACCGCGAUUGGAUUCAUCGGUGGCGCGGGGAGCUCUGGCGGUGCGGUGGCGCCGUUCACGACUGGUAUAUUGGCGCAGGCGGCGGGUACCUGGGUGCUGCAUCCGGUGUGUAUUGGACUGUACGGAGCGAUGAUUGUAUUCUGGUGGAGCCUGCCAAGGAUGAGUAAGAGGAAGGAGUAAUCGAGUGCUCUGAGAUAGUGGUGACUUCCGUAAGUAUUGACAACGGCGUUGGGGUAGGUGCAGUCCGAGAUACUUCUUAAAAUGAAGCUCGGACGGGGAGGAUCGUAGAAUGUUCGAUAUUUGGUAUCAUAGGAACGAGAAGAGUAGUGUGGUGUGACGACCCUGUGGUGCUGCGAAGCCAUGAAGUCUGGGAAAACCGUGGAUUUUCAGAUGAAGAAGCCCUUCUAGGUGAGGAAAAAUCCGAACACGGUUAGGAUUUCCCUCCCUUUGAGAAUAGUAUGGUCGAAUUAUCUUCCUCUACUUAUGUUCUGUCCUGGUAAAAUGAAUUUGG